AUGGACAUUGCUUUAAAUCACCACAUCAAGGCAGAACAAGCGAAAUAUUUCGCAGCGGAAAUCAAGCAGCUGAAAAAGGCACAGCCCAUAUCCACAUCCAGCAAGAUCAUUGCACUGAGUCCAUUCAUCAACUCCACAGCGGACAAUAUAUUGCGAGUAGGCGGACGCCUACACAAUGCGAGGGUGGCAGAGCCACAGCGUCAUCCAAUCAUUCUUCCGAAGGAUAGCACAUUGGCCAGGCUUUUAAUAUGGCAGGUGCAUCAGGACACACUUCAUGGCGGUAUACAAAUCAUGCUUCAUACGAUUCGACACAAAUAUUGGAUUCUACAGGCACGCAUUUUGGUUAAGCAAUGCAUACACUCAUGCGCGAUUUGCAGGCGGCAUAAACACAUAAUGCUAAAACAACGUAUGGCGACAUUACCAAAGGCUCGGGUCACCCCAUCUCCACCAUUUGCAAGAUCUGGCUUAGACUAUUGCGGUCCAUUCAACAUACGCAUUGGCUCCAAGGCUGUUCGAACAGUGCGGAAGGCUUACGUGGCAAUCUUUGUGUGCAUGGUAACCAAGGCAGUGCACAUCGAACUGGCUGAAGAUCUCACUUCUGAGGCUUUCAUAAAUGCAUACACCCGUUUCGUAAACCGGCGUGGUCCAUGUAAUCAUUUAUACAGUGACAAUGGCACUACAUUCAUUGGCGCAGAUCGCUUAAUGGCCGCUGACUUACAGGCUUGGCAUAAUGAAUAUUCUCAACAGCAAUUGGCAAAUCGAGGCACAAAAUGGCAUUUUCUACCACCUGGCGCACCUCAUCAAGGCGGUCUAUGGGAAGCUGCCGUUAAGUCAGCGAAGAAGCACUUACUACGCAUUGUUGGCACCCAUUCCAUUUACUAUGGUCAGCUACAUACUCUACUUGUACAUAUCGAGGCUUGCUUGAAUUCACGUCCACUUAUACCAUUGCAUGACACUUGUGACGACAAGAUGGCUCUAUCACCUGCAGAUUUCCUGAUUGGCAGAUCUCUAUUGGCAGUACCAGACGCACCUAUUGGCAAAGUACCUAGCAACAAAUUAUCAUACUGGCGACAAUUAAGGCAAAUGCAACAGCAUUUUUGGCGACAAUGGCAUGAUGAAUAUCUUUCAACUUUGCAACCACGUUCCAAAUGGCAUCAGAAUGGCGACAACAUCAACAUAGGCGAUGUCGUGGUUAUCCGGCACGAGAAUCUACCAGCUACACAUUGGCGGCUUGGCAGGGUGAUUAAACUUCACCCAGGCGAAGAUGGUUUGGUCCGAGUAGUCACGAUCAAGCAUUCAGCAGGCGAAUGCAUGCGACCUAUCCAAAAGAUAUGCAGGCUUGUGGAGCAUCCUGAACGUACCCGUCCAGUCGGGGAGGAUGUUUGA